AUCAAAGGGGUGCAAUCGCAAUUGCUCACGCGAGAUCAAAUCCGCUCCGAAUCCAAUUUCACAGUGUGAAGGGAGAAGAAGAUGCAGUGGUACGUCGUCGCUUCAUUCCUCACCGUUCUCACAAGCUCUCAGGGUAUAUUGACGACAUUGUCUCAGAGUAAUGGGGGGUACAAGUAUGACUAUGCUACUGUGCCUUUUCUUGCUGAAGUUUUUAAGCUAAUUGUGUCUAGUUUGAUGCUGUGGAGAGAAUGCCAGGCAUCGCCUCCUCCUAAAAUCACGACUGAUUGGAGAAGUGUACGGUUGUAUCCGAUUCCGUCAAUCAUAUACCUCAUUCACAACAAUGUGCAGUUUGCCACAUUGACUUAUGUUGAUACCUCCACUUAUCAGAUAAUGGGAAACUUAAAGAUUGUUACGACUGGAAUACUGUUCAGGCUAUUUUUGAGGAGGAAGCUUUCUAAUUUGCAGUGGAUGGCUAUCGUUCUAUUGGCUAUUGGAACAACCACAAGCCAGGUCAAAGGUUGUGGAGAAACUUCUUGUGAGUCGCUCUUUUCGUCUCCAAUUCAAGGAUACAUGCUGGGUGUAUUAUCAGCUUGUCUCUCUGCUCUGGCUGGUGUGUACACGGAAUUCUUGAUGAAAAAGAACAAUGACAGCUUAUAUUGGCAGAAUAUUCAAUUAUACACAUUUGGUGCAAUAUUCAACAUGGCCAAACUGGCUACUGAUGAUUUCAGAAGUGGAUUCGAGAAUGGUCCAUGGUGGCGACGCCUUUUCAAUGGAUAUAGUGUAACAACUUGGUUGGUAGUGCUAAAUCUUGGUUCAACUGGACUGCUAGUAUCGUGGUUGAUGAAGUAUGCAGAUAACAUUGUUAAGGUGUAUUCAACGUCGAUGGCCAUGUUAUUGACAAUGCUGGUAUCUGUGUACAUUUUCCAUUUCAAACCGACUCUUCAGCUCUUUUUGGGAAUUGUGAUCUGCAUGAUGUCACUGCACAUGUAUUUUGCCCCUCCAACCGUGCUUGUGGACUUGCCUCUGACGACAAAAGCAUCACCUGAAAAUCUGGAUGAAGUUUCUGCUAAUCGAAGAACAGCUUCCUAGAGUUCAACUUCAAGUGAGCCUCAAUCCUCUCGAAUCAUCCCUUUUUUCAUUCAGGAAAUUGCAGAGAGGAAUAGUUUCCAAUCCUCAGAGGAUGGAAAAUGUAGAGUCGCAACCUGUAGAAACAUGGAACUAAGACAGAAUCACCACAUGAUUUUUUACAGGAGCAAGUUAGUUAGUUAGUUAGUUAGCUGUAUUAAAAACUUGUCUGAGUACAUGAUCGUGAAAAUUCUUGCUAUCCGAGUUCAUCUUGUUAGACUCGAGUGUACGAACCAUAUAAGAACAUCCGUUCCAAGUCUAUAUCGGUGUAUAGCCACAUCUAAUCUUGUUAUACACUACUUUGGAAUAUUUUGUAGUAGUUGUUACACAAUUGUUUAUACAGCUCCUUUUUGUGUGUU